GCUGCAAUUUGAGCUGUCUGCUUCAGGAAUGCAGUGGUUAAUGGCUGUACAGAAGAGCUAGGAAGUCAGCAAAUUUAAAUGACCAAUUUUGAUCAAGUAAAGAACACCCCUGUACGUUUUGGAAUAAAAUGGAUAGCUCUUUUGUGGAAGAAGUGGCUGCAUCUUUGGUUAGAGAAUUUCUCAGCAGAAAGGGUUUAAAAAAGACAAGUGCCAUUAUGGACAGAGAAUUUCCUCGUACUGCCCUUAGCAUCAACAAUAGAAAUGAACUGCGAAAUGUUUUGCAUCUACAAUCUUUGUACAAACAAAACAAGGCAAAGGAGAAUCCACUGAAAACAAUUCUUGAAGUUAUCACCAACUAUUUUCUUGAACAUUUUGGGACCACCAGAUGCAUCAGAAGUCCUGCAGGUUCAGUUCUACAAGCUAAGAGCUCACAGUCUAGAUAUAUAGAAACAUCACCAGUUAAUGACUACUCAGAUGAAGACAUGCAUGGCAGAACAGUGUCUGAUGCAAGUAAAACUGAGGUUUACAGAUAUGACAUUGAUGUUCCACUAUAUAAAGACAGACAUCAACAUAAAAGUGAGAAAUCCAAGACUGUGGUAGUACCCAAUAGUGGCUCAUCCUCUGAAGGAGAUAAAAAGUCAAAAAAUAGCAGAGAUGAUUUGAAAAUAACAGAAACUUCUGAGGAGAUGAAGACCACAAUGAGAGAGAAGCAAAGGUCCAGGUCUGGACUCAUUGUCAGAGGAAUGAUGGCUGGACCCACUGCAAGUUCACAAGAGGAUUCAGUAAAAAGGAGGCUUCUGAAAGGAUCCUCUGGCAUAAAUAGCACAAUGCAAUUCAAAGAGGAAGAUCAUCAGAAAAAUUCUUCAGAGGUGCCAACUAGUGAUUUUCAAGAGAUUAAAGGAAUUUCCACAGAGUCCAUGAAUUACCUUUCAUCACAUAAUGCCAGUGGUCUGAAAGUAGAUACGGAAUUUUCAUCAAAGAUUUCAUCAAACUCAUACACAACUUUAGUCAGUGAGAAGCUAAGACAUACGCCCAAAGAUACAGCUGAUCCACUUGCCAAACUCGUAUCAGAAAGAGAAAGAACCAAAGUUGAAGAAAGGAAAUCAGUGGCAAGCUUUGAUAUAGACACCAGUGAAAAAACCCUCAAAUUAAGUGUUCUUCACAGACAUUCAGAAGCUGGAAGAGAAAAGAGAGAAAGAUCUCCCAAAAACAAUGAGAAUCGGUUAUCAGGUCGCAGAAAGACUCCAUCAUCUAUAUCCUAUAAAAGAGACCAGAUGAAAGAUGUCCUAGAAGUAGUUGAUUUCGAUGAUGAAGCAACGAUUGGGGAAGUUAGUAGGAUCCCAGAACUUCCAACGCUGUAUACGCUUGAAAUAGUAUCAAAGGCAAUUGAUAUUUCCCUAGCAAAAGAAAUAAAAAAUCUUUUGUUUGGCUCAAGCCUUUGUUGCUUCAGUGAAGAAUGGAAAAUACAGAACUUUACAUUUAACAGUAUACCACAGCUAAAAUACGGCAUUGUUCAAAAAAAGGGCGGUCCAUGUGGAGUAUUGGCCGCAGUUCAAGCCUGUGUCCUGCAACAACUUCUCUUUGGAGACAGUCACAGAAAUAGCGAUGUGCGGUGUCUGCAACCUUCAGACGCUCACAGGACCAAAUGCCUCACCCUGGCUAUUGCAGAUAUUUUAUGGCGUGCAGGGGGCAAUGAAAAAGCUGUGGUUGCACUGUCUUCAGGAAGGCAGCAGUUCACUCCAGCAGGAAAAUACAAAGCGGAUGGAAUCUUCGAAACACUAAUACUACAUAGUGUCACAAAAUGUGAAGAUCUGACCAUUUUUCUUCAGCAGAAUAUUCAUCAGUUUGAAACUGGUCCAUUUGGGUGCAUUCUUCUUACCCUGUCGGUUAUCUUUACAAGAUCUAUCGAUCUGGUGCGCAAUGAUUUUGAUGUGUCCACAAACCGACUGAUUGGCACCCACGGAUACUGCACACAAGAACUUGUGAACUUGCUGCUGACUGGUAAGGCUGUGUCCAAUGUGUUCAAUGAUGUAAUAGAGCUGGACUCUGGAAAUGGAAAUAUCACAAUUUUGAAAGGAAUCAUUAACCGCAGUGAUAUCGGCUUGCUGUCUCUUUUUGAGCACUAUGAUGUUUGCCAGGUUGGCUGCUAUUUGAAGACCCCUAGGUACCCAAUUUGGGUCGUGUGCAGUGAAAGCCAUUUCAGUGUGCUCUUUUGCUUGAGAAAGGACUUACUAGGUGACUGGAAAACGGAAAGGAGAUUUGAUCUCUAUUACUAUGAUGGCCUGGCCAACCAGGAAGAGGAAAUACGAUUAACAGUUGAUACAGUUCAGCCUUACACUGAAGAUAAAGAAAAUGACCUUAUUCCUCCACUUGAGCACUGUAUAAGGACGAAGUGGAAAGGAGCCGUUAUUGACUGGAAUGGCACAGAACCCAUCUUGUGACUGAACUGAAAUAAAAGGAAACCGCUAGAACAGCACGCUCUUAUUCUCACCAUUAAGGAAGCAGGGCAAAACUCCUGGCCGCUUUUGCAAUGUACGGUGAAGCUGAGUGACACGCUGCAUGCAGGCAGGCGGGAAGAAUUUCACCUUGCGCUUCAGAUAUUCCAUCCAUUGUGUAAACAUCAUUUACGUAAAUUCUCUGUCACUUCCUUUUAUGCACAAUGUGUGAAAGUAGACAGAACCUCCACUGCCAAAAAAAUCUUUCAGACAAAGCAGUAAAGCUGUCAACUUCUGCUUGAGUUCCAUUGCUGGGUUCAUUCUGCAUCUUGCAAGUUUCUUCAAAGAUAAGACAAAAGAAGCUGUGCCCAGAUUUCUUUGACAUUGGUUUUUCCUUCUCCCCCACCACAGCCGCCACCCAAGGAAACCAAGGUACAAAUGUGAAUCACUGCUAGAGAAAGAAGUUAUCUUCUUUCACUAGUUUUUGUAGUUCACACUAUCCAAUGAACUGGUUAUUAACACUGUAGGCACUUGCAAUAUGGCCUGGACUACACACAGUUUUUGUACUAGUGUAACUAGGUGGGGAUAUCAUAUUUACUGAUAUCUUUAUACUGGUACAAGCCCUAGUGUGGAAUCCUGUUAUACCAAUAUAAGGGUCCCUGUACCAGUAGAAUUUAUUCCUCUUCCUGUACAGGCGACUAUAUCUAUAUUAUGAACAUCUGCAGCCAUAGCUGUGUCAGUCUGAGAUUUGAAGAGGGAGAUCUCUGCCCAACAUAGCUGUGCCAGGAGAAGCUCUUAGAGUAAAUACAGCAAUACUGGCAACACUUUGCUUUUACUGAUAUAGCUUGUUUCAUGCAUGGGGGGUGGUUUUACUAUAUCAGGACAAAGUGCAUCUAUGCUAGCACAGCUGCACCUAUACUAGAGAUAUCUCUACACUAGUGAGACUAUGAGUUUGUCUUCACUAUGGAGCUAAAUCAGCGCUGCUGCAAUUGAUGCAGCAACAUCUAUUUAGUGGGUCUAGUGAAGACAUGCUCAAUCGAUGGGAGAGCGCUCUCCCAUCAAUUUCUGUGCUCCACUUCAACGAAAGGCGGAAACAAUGUUGGCAGGAGAGUGUCUCCCAUUGACAUAGUAUAAUGUGGGCCCCGCGGUAAGUAGAUCUAAACUACGUCUCCUUGAGUUAUGCUACUAAUGUCACUCAAAUGGCAUAUCUUAGAUCUACCGUCAGCAUUAGUGUAGACCUGCCCUAAAUUGGUAUAGCUAUGUCAGCGUACCUAUGCCACCAUAGCCAUGUAAUGCAGACACAGCCUAUUCUGACAGAAGAAGUUUUUCUAUUGAUGUAGGAACACCACCUCCCUGAGCAAAGUUAACUAUGUCUACACUGGGGAUUAUGUCAGCAUAGCUAGGUCCAUCAGGGUGUGGUUUUUCAACCCCCUGACAGACUGAGGUCUAUAUAACUUUUCACUGUAGCCCAGGCCUCAGAUCACUUUGCUUGUGCAGUAUACUGGCAUCCUGUACAGGUAAAUGGUUCUAGUGUAGACGUAACCGGAAUAAGCUAUGCCACUAUAUGCACUUUUAUACUGGUAUAACUGCUGCCACAUUAGGGGUGUUGUACCACAUGAACUAUUCUGACAUAGUUAAAACCAUACCACUUUUGUGUAUAGAUAAGGUCUAAGAUGUUUUGCUGCUUCGCAACUGUAAAAAAACAGAGGCGCCAUAAUGUUCUGCAUUUAAGAUGCACAUAUCUGUGACAGGUUCUGUUCCUAACAGUUGAAUAAAAGGCAUGUGUAAAAACAUAUUCUUUCAGUUAAUCCAGAGACUACCAAACCCAGAGCUAGGGCUUCAUGAAUGAACUGUGUGAGGGUUAUGUUGCAAAUAAAAUGUGCAGACCUGGCCAGAUCAAUCAAAAGAACAAUGGAACAAAAAAUUUGAAACAAAGCAACAAUAUUAGUUACUAAUGGAAAGGCAACAGAGAAGUAGUGUAUCUAUCAUUUAUUCCUUUGCCUUUGGGAGCAGCUCUCAUAAAAUGUCUGUUUUUUAUGUUCAAAAUGGUACCCUAGGAAUAUCUAUUUUUUUCAGUUAUCCACUUUGUCGUCAUUUAAUAUUUAGUUUCUACUUUUCUAUCAAUAAUAGUACAAUUUUUCAGACUGACUUUUCAGAUUAAAACUUAGUUUUACAUUCGCAUAUAUUCAGACAAGUUACAGCAGAGUACUCAACUACACAGAAACGUAUGGACACCUAGGAAAUUAUCACUAGCUAUAGAUAGAUGAGCCUGUCUGAAUGUGAACCAGGACACCAAACAGAAAUUGUUUUUAGUAUAAAAAGUCUUUGGAUAUGUACCCUCUUCCUCUGUUGCUUCCAGUUCCCGGCAGGCCUUCUACUUUCACAUAUCUGGGUCUCUGCUGGUCUGGUAAGGUUAGCUAGGCCAGAUACUGUACUUAAACCUUGUGAGAUCAAAACCUUCCAUUAAAGUAAAGAUCAUCAGGAGCUGGAAGAUCUGGUUUCUAUUCCUGGCUCUGCUACAGUUAUAUGGCCUUUGCCUAGUCCCUUAACCUCUCUGUGCUUAGGUUUCCUCAUCUGCAAGAUGGAGAUAAUAACACCUACCUCACAGGUGUGUUGCGAGGCUUGAUCAAUUACUGUUUGUAAGGUGCUUUUUGAAUCCUGAUCGGAAGGUACUAUAAGAGAGCAAAGGAAGUUGGUGAUGAAUUCCUGGGGUCAGAUAUAAUGAGAGAAAAUAUCUUUGUGGGCCCUUGAGUCUGCAAAAACCCAGGUGCAUGUGAGAUGUCAAUAGAACACCUAGCUGGACCCUUGUAGAAAGAGUGCCAAUCCCAAGAACAUCUUCCAAAUAGAAUAUCAACAAAGGUAGAGGGUCUGUUGGGGUUUAGGGAGCUGUUUAGUGUCAGGAAGAUACAGGGAAUCUUCAAGAUGUAAGAGACAGGAAGUUGGAACUUAAGACAAAGGAAGUAUAGAACCAGGGAAAGAGGGAAUGUUUUGGUUAGGCCUGGGAGGUUAUAGGAGUGGAGGUAAGGAAAAGGGGAGUGUAGAUAUGCAUAUGAACGUCUGAGUCUUUAUCCAAACCAGACUGUAGAGACUUGAGUCUCUUCUGUGACUGGCAAGUAUUUUCGCUGAAAAUUAAGUAUCAGAGGGGUAGGCAUGUUAGUCUAGAUCUAUAAAAAGCGACAAAGAGUCCUGUGGCACCUUAU